CGCGGCCGGCGCUCGGAGCUUCCUUGGCGCUGAGAGGACGGAGAGAAGGGGGGGUUGGAGCCACCGACCGAAGGAGGAGGAGGAGGAGGAGAAAGGGUUGUGCUCUUGGCCGAGCGAGGGGCGGGGCCGCGGGCGGCGCGUGCAGGUGCCGAGCUCCUGGGACCCGCCGGCGUGCGGGGGGUCUGUGGCCCUCGCCGUCGAAGCAGUCGCCGCCGUCGCUGGGUCGCCGUCGGUCUGCGGAAGGCGGGUUAUGGCGGCGGCGGCGGCAGUGGGAGCUGUGAAUGAAUUCUCCGGGUGGACGAGGGAAGAAGAAAGGCUCCGGCGGCGCCAGCAGCCCGGCGCCUCCCAGGCCUCCGCCCCCCUGCCUGGCCCCCGCCCCUCCCGCCGCCGGGCCGGCCGCUCCGCCCGAGUCGCCGCAUAAGCGGAACCUGUACUAUUUCUCCUACCCGCUCUUCGUCGGCUUCGCGCUGCUGCGCUUGGUCGCCUUCCACCUGGGGCUCCUCUUCGUGUGGCUCUGCCAGCGCCUCUCCCGCGCCCUCAUGGCCGCCAAGAGGAGCUCCCGGGCCGCGCCGGCGCCCGCCUCGGCCUCGCCCCCGGAGCCGGUGCCGGGCGGCGAGGCCGAGCGCGUCCGCGCCUUCCACAAACAGGCCUUCGAGUACAUCUCCGUUGCCCUGCGCAUCGACGAGGACGAGAAAGCAGGGCAGAAGGAACAAGCUGUGGAAUGGUAUAAGAAAGGUAUUGAAGAACUAGAAAAAGGAAUUGCUGUCAUAGUUACAGGACAAGGUGAACAGUGUGAAAGAGCUAGACGCCUUCAAGCUAAAAUGAUGACAAAUUUAGUCAUGGCCAAGGACCGUUUACAACUUCUAGAGAAGCUGCAACCAGUUAUGCAGUUUUCCAAGUCACAAACGGAUGUCUAUAAUGAUAGUACUAACCUGACAUGCCGCAAUGGACAUCUCCAGUCAGAAAGUGGAGCUGUUCCAAAAAGAAAAGAUCCCUUAACACACACUAGUAAUUCACUGCCUCGUUCAAAAACAGUUAUGAAAACUGGAUCCACAGGUCUUUCAGGUCACCACAGAGCACCUAGUUGCAGUGGUUUAUCCAUGGUUUCUGGAGCGAGACAAGGGUCUGGCCCUGCAGCUGCCACCCAUAAGGGUCCUUCAAAAACAAAUAGAACAAAUAAACCUUCUACCCCUACAACUGCUGCUCGAAAAAAGAAAGACUUGAAGAAUUUCAGAAAUGUAGACAGCAAUCUCGCAAACCUUAUAAUGAAUGAAAUUGUGGACAAUGGAACGGCUGUUAAAUUUGAUGAUAUAGCUGGUCAAGAGUUGGCAAAACAAGCCUUGCAGGAAAUUGUCAUUCUUCCUUCCUUGAGGCCUGAGUUGUUCACAGGGCUCAGAGCUCCUGCCAGAGGAUUGUUACUGUUUGGUCCUCCUGGAAAUGGGAAGACAAUGCUGGCUAAAGCGGUAGCUGCAGAAUCAAAUGCAACCUUCUUUAAUAUAAGUGCUGCAAGUUUAACUUCAAAAUACGUGGGAGAAGGAGAGAAAUUGGUGAGAGCUCUUUUUGCUGUGGCUCGAGAACUUCAACCUUCCAUAAUUUUUAUAGAUGAAGUUGAUAGCCUUUUGUGUGAAAGAAGAGAAGGCGAGCACGAUGCUAGUAGACGUCUAAAAACUGAAUUUCUAAUAGAAUUUGAUGGUGUACAGUCUGCUGGAGAUGACAGAGUGCUUGUGAUGGGUGCAACUAACAGGCCACAAGAGCUUGAUGAGGCUGUUCUCAGGCGUUUCAUCAAGCGUGUAUAUGUGUCUUUACCAAAUGAGGAGACAAGACAACUUUUACUUAAAAACCUAUUAUGUAAGCAAGGAAGCCCAUUGAGCCAAAAAGAACUAGCGCAACUGGCAAGAAUGACUGAUGGAUACUCAGGAAGUGAUCUGACAGCUUUGGCAAAAGAUGCAGCACUAGGUCCUAUCCGAGAACUGAAACCGGAACAGGUAAAGAACAUGUCUGCAAGUGAGAUGAGAAAUAUUCGAUUAUCAGACUUCACUGAAUCCUUGAAAAAGAUCAAACGCAGCGUGAGCCCUCAAACUUUAGAAGCAUACAUUCGUUGGAACAAGGACUUUGGAGACACUACCGUUUAAGGAAACACCUUUGUAAGCCUGCAGAACAUACAGCAAGCAAGCAAGAAAGGAUCUGCAUUGAACAGUUGUCAGCUAUUGAAGCUUGACCUAAGUUUACAGGACUUGAGUCUUAAAAAUGAUUUGUACACCAAACUUGAAGAUGAGCCAGAACACAAGUUUAAAUAAAAUUCAAAAUGCAAAUGGAGUAUUUUGUUGUUUUAAGGCCUUCUUGCCUUGAUGGUCCUGAUUAUUCCAGUGGACACUAAGUUAGAGCACAACAAAGACUGAUUCUGGUCGUCUUUUCCAAUAUAAUCAUAAUGUAAAUAAUAAUUUGUAUAUGUGUUGCAGAUGAAAGUAUUCCAGAGACCGUGAAUGGUAGAAGACAUAAGAGCCUUUGUUUGUCAUCUUUUUUUUUUCCCUUAAAAUUGUAGUUUUUCUUAUUUUGCUUUCCUGCUGUUUGUCUUAACUAUGGGUGAUUGGAAUGCCAACCACUCUUAAAUUGGUUUGUUUUCUUUUACAAUUACAGUGUGCCAAAUGAAACUUUUUCCUAAGUAGUAGUAAUAGGAAAAAGUUAUUUUGAAGGUUUUUUUCUUCAUAAAUUUACAGACCUUAAACAAUUGUUGUGAUCUUUUCACUUUUUAUUUUUCUAUUCCCUUGCUACCAGUUAGAAAGCAAUAUAAUAGCAUCAAAGCAAAUCUGGCGAAAUGCAGAUGGUUUAAAAGCUUGAGUUACUCUGUCAUAUAACAUGUAGAUCAGUCCUCAUGUGACCUGCAGUAUUUUUUUUCUAAUAUACUUGUCAGAAAUCUAUUGUAGACUGUUAACUUAUUUCUAAUGGAAUUUAUUUUCUGCUAGAAUUACUCAAAUAUUUAAGAGGGCCAAUUUUAACUGCUGUAAAAGUGGUUCUAGUGCAAGCAAAGGGAAAUUCUGGGAGCUAGGACAUUUCUAAUUUAUUGCUUAUUACCUUCUUACUGUUUACAGGAUAAUUAUAAGCCAGUGAAACUACCAUCUUUUAUUCUUAAAAAUGAGUCCCUUCAAUGAAACUUUAAAAAAAAUACUGAAUUUUUAUACAUUGCAUACAUUUUAUAGUUUCUUGUGCUCACUUUAUUACUAAAAAAUUCUAAUCUGUUGAUCUUCCUUUUGUUCCCCAGAAAUGUACAAUAUUGUUUCUUGUUUGUAUAAAUAUGCCUGGUUUUUAUUAUAAAGAUGUCAUUGUAGAAAGUAGAAACUCAUAUCAUGGCCUUUUAAAUAUUAUAAUAAAGGCAAAUGGAUAUUUGCCCUUAGUUUACUGGUUAAAAGCUUGUUUACAGAACUUUUCUUUGGUGCUUAAAUGAUGCUAUGUAAAAUGUCAUGGGUAAAAAGAAUAAUUUUAUAGUAGUAGCAGACUUUUCAAAAGAUGUCAGUGGUUUUAAGAAAAUAUAUUAAAAUUAGAAACUGGACCUACUAUAGAAGAAUUCUAAAAUGAAGACAUUAUACAUUCUUUUUAAGUUAAUCUUGUUCUUGUUAAAGAUUCAUUGAAAUAUAAAUGUAUGAUUUCUUAAGAUCAUGUAUUCUUUGUACCCAUAACUUACAACAUGUCUCUUCUAAUCAUAGAAUGUCCUGCAUAAUAAAAAAAAGAGCUGAGAUAAAAAAAAAACCUAAGCCAUAGCUAUGCAUAUAUUAGGGUUUGUUGUAUCUUUUUUUAAUAUCACAAACAUUAAAGCAUCACUUAUAAAAUACUGAUAAAUGAAAGAUGUUGAUGAAGUACACAUGAUGAGAAGAAUUGGGAAAAUAUAAAAUCACAUUUUUAGUAAAGUUUAAAAAUUUCAUUUAUAGAGGAAUUAACAUUCUUAAUGUUUAGAAAACAGGCUAAUCAUGUGAAAAGACUGUUUCCAGCUCAACUUUUAAAAUACAAUCUCCUUGAAAAUUGAGUGUUCUAUUUGGAAAGUUUUUAGAAAACAUAGGUGUUAAAUGUUGCAAGAUGUGAAGAGUUAAUAUUGUCACAAACAUUGAGUCAAAUUAUAUUAUUGUAAAAAUAUCCAUCUAUGUUUAGAAGUUUCUUUACUGAUGAAGUAAAGACUAGUGCUGGAAGACUGUUUGCUCUGAGUUAGUAUGACCAAGUUUAAUUUUAAGUUGUGGGUUUUUUUUUUUUUUUUUUUCAUAAAAAGGCCAUGAAAAUAGAGUAAUAAUAUAGUAGGAGGUAAGGGGUAAGUUUGCCUUUUUCAGUAAAGGUAGAGUUGCUGAGGUUUUCUGGAUUAAUAUUAGAUUUAGAUUGUGACCUUUUAGAUUUUGUAUUGCACUCUGUUGUAUUAUCUCCUAAAACAUAAUUCUUAAACAUUAAGCAUCAAUGUGUUCUUCAUGUUAAUAUGGCAGAGUUUUGUAAACUAAAUUAAAACUUACUGAUGUGCAAGACAUUGAGCCACAGGAAAGAAUCAAUGUCAUCUUCCCAGUUGUGUUAAGGUUAAAACUUAUUCUAAGCUGUCUGCCUUUUCAGGUUCUUAGGUCAUGGCCUGCAAGGAUACUUUGUGCUGGAGACAAAUUGGAGGUCAAGCAGAUACCAGAAUUCUAAUUUAAGUGUGUAUACAGAAGUCCUUGUUUAUAGUGUAAAAUUGUUCAUAUUUUGUACAAAACUAAUUCUUUUUGAAAAACGAAGCAUUUACAGUUUGUUUUUGGACUCCUAGUCAAAGGAUUUUCCUUUAAAUGCCUGUCUUAUUUUAGUCUAGUCUUUUGUACUUUUCCUCAGAAGAAAUGAAUUAAAGGGUAUGUGUAGCCACAUUUUUCCUAAUGGAUUGGGAAUAAAUGCUCAACUUUA